UCAAUCCUGCAUUGUCUGGCUUGGAUUGUGUCGAUUAUGUCUGUGUGUGUGUGUAGAGAGAGAGAGAGUUGGAAACAAAUGCAACUCAGACAAAAAACACCGAAACUGUGAGCCAUUAGGGGAGAGAGAGAGAGAGAGAGACUGGGGAUAUUGAGAGGUCGCUGGUGGAGUUCGUCCAAAAUCUGCACGGAGGAGGAGGAGGAGAAGAAGCUCGUGUGCGCAAAGCAAUGCUUGCUAAUUUCAGAAUUCGAUGCUCUUCUUCCUCGCGGAUUUCUUGACGUUUCCUUCGUAAAUUAACAAGUAUUCGUUAAGCUUUGUCUCACGCAACACAUUUCGCGCGCGCACACGCAAAGAAAGAAAGAAGAAAAAGCGAGCCCCCCCUAAAAUCAGUUGACUAGCAGCAGGUUCUGAAGCCCGACCAAUUUUUGUCUUUCCCACUCUCGGUCCGGAGAAGAAAUGAGUCAAGAGCGUAACGGAUACUCUUCAGGAUUUGCUCAAUCUCAUUUUUGCUGCGCUAGAAACGGACUCCAAGAGAAUAAGAUCUUGAACGAGAAUGCCAAUUCGAUAAGAUCCUGCCAAGGAGCUCUUGAUCCAACUUGAAACGAAGCAAUUUGCCAUUGAAGUUAAUUUACAAAACCGUCUGUGCAGUAGUGCCGUAAUGCUGGUGGAGGGAGGAAUUGAAGCCAUUGCAAAACAUCCUCAAGUUCUGUUACAGUUUAAAGUAGUUUUGGCUUAAAAAGUUAUUUGAGAGGUGAAGAUGGCUUCGUGGGAGAAUCUUGGGGAGCUUGCAACCGUAGCCCAGCUUACGGGCCUCGAUGCGGUGAAGCUGAUUGGGUUGAUCGUGAAGGCCGCGAACACGGCGCGACUGCACAAAAGAAACUGUAGGCAAUUCGCGCAGCAUUUGAAGCUAAUUGGGAACUUGCUGGAGCAGCUCAAGAUCUCGGAGCUUAAGAGGUACCCAGAGACGCGAGAGCCUCUGGAGCAGCUCGAGGAUGCGCUCAGAAGGUCCUACAUUUUGGUCAACAGUUGCCAGGACCGGAGCUAUCUGUAUUUGUUGGCAAUGGGAUGGAACAUAGUGUACCAAUUCCGUAAGGCUCAGAAUGAGAUUGACAGAUACUUGCGGCUUGUACCGUUGAUUACUCUUGUGGACAAUGCUAGAGUCAGGGAGAGACUGGAAGAUAUUGAAAAGGAUCAACGAGAAUAUACAUUGGAUGAAGAGGACAGAAGAGUGCAGGAUGUGAUCCUGAACCGAGAUCCCUCAACUAAGGAUGCUAUGAUGUUAAAGAAAACUCUUUCCUGCUCCUAUCCAAACUUGCCUUUCAAUGAAGCACUUCGAAAGGAAAAUGAGAUGCUUCAACUUGAACUACAACGAUCUCAAGCUCACUUGGAUGUGGGUCAAUGUGAAGUAAUUCAACAUUUGAUAGAUGUAAUGGAAACUGUUGCUACAAAUACAGUUCCAGAGAAGAGUUUGCCUGAAAAAGCUCACAAGAAAGUGGAAAGGAAUUAUUCUGAUGCCAAUAGUGACAAGGAGCAUUCCUCUGAUGAAGGCUAUCAUAAGAGAAGUGAUGGUCGUACGACUUCAAGGAACACAUCUUCUGUUUCAUCCGGCCAUGAUCUGCUAUCAACUAGAGGUUCGCACCGGCAGGCAGAAUGGCAUACUGAUCUGCUUGGUUGUUGUUCAGAACCUUGUCUGUGUAUAAAGACAUUUCUGUUUCCUUGUGGGACAUUUUCAAAGAUUGCUACUGUAGCAGCUAACAGGCAUAUUUCUUCAGCGGAAGCAUGUAACGAUUUGAUGGCAUAUUCAUUGAUAUUGUCAUGCUGUUGCUAUACAUGCAAUGUCAGAAGGAAGCUUCGCAAAAUGUUGAACAUCACGGGAGGCGUUGUUGAUGAUUUCCUCUCUCAUUUAAUGUGUUGCUGCUGUGCCCUCGUCCAAGAAUGGAGAGAAGUGGAGAUCCGUGAAGCUUAUCAUGGUCCCGAGAAGACGAAAACAAGCCCUCCACCCUCACAAUACAUGGAAUCCUAAGUGAGAGAAUGGAAGCUUGAUUGGUAAGAAAAAUUAUGUACCUUGGCAACAGUAUACAGGGGCAAUAUACUUAGUUGCCAGUAUAUUACAGAAACUUGUACUGGUACUUGUGUCAUCACUUUAACCAUAUGCAUUUUAGCUGGUCUUAUUUCUUUUAAAUUCAGCACAGGGUGUAAUCAUAGGCAGUUUGUUUAAUUGGUUUUGUAUGAUCAUCUCAGUUGACAUUGCCCCAAGGAUUGAUGGGUACCAUAUAUACCUUAUCGGUCGCCUAAAGGUUUUUUCAAUGACACUAGAAAGUAGAAACGGUGAGAGGCGACGGCUGAACAGGGAAUAUAGGAUGGAUUAUUAUACUGCUUGUACAUGUUAUACUGUUGUUGAUCAUAUCAAUACAUAUCCCUUUGUC